AUGCACAGCCCCAGGACAGGCCCCCGCGCCGAUCAGCGUCUCAAUCUCGCAAGGCGAUCGGGUGUGGCCUGUAAUCGAUGUCGGAGCAGGAAAACCAAGUGCGCAGGCACGCCCCCUUACGCCUGUGUCGCCUGUCGCAAUUCUCGCCAGACAUGUACAUAUCCAUCGUCGGAGAAAAAGAUCACAAUCCCUGAGAGUUAUUUUCUCGAGCUGCGAGCGUUGGCACGCGCUUCUAAAUCUCAGCCCGUAGAGACACAUCCUGAACCGGCAGAAGAAAGUCCGACCGAAGCGGGGUGGGCGCUUGCCGAGACUGGGAACUGGUUCGCAGGUGAUUCAGGACAGUAUCAUUAUAUGGGAAGCUCCUCCUCCAACUAUAUCGCAAACAGUAUUAAUCCAACUACGGAAACUCUCGCUUGGCAUUUACAUCCCCAUUACACCGAUUCAUCCUGGAUCAGGCGCGACGUUGAUCCCACGCUGCCCCAGCUACCCCCCUAUGAGCAUGCCAAACGACUUUACCGGGCGCAGCAUGCUUACCUCGGGACAAUAUUCUCGUUUGUUCGGGAUGUCGACUUCUACCAAAGAUUGGACAGGCUAUAUAGCCGACCACCGAAUGUCAGCGACCGUGAGGACUGCUUAGUAUACUGCCAGAUGCUCUUGGUCUUCGGCUUCGGACAGAUGUACUCGGUAAACCAGUGGGUCGGAGAUGAAGGACCACCCGGAUUUGUCUACUUCAAGCAUGCCUUGAAGUUUCUGCCGGAUGCUCACGAAGAUGGAUCCAUCUUAUUUGUGGAGGUAUUGAGCUACGUGGCGUACUUCCUGCAAACCCUGAAUCGAAGGGAUUCGGCGUAUAUCUACAUCGGACUUGCUCUUCGAAUGGCCAUAUCUCUGGGCCUUCAUCAGGAGGUUGUGGACCAGGCGAUGGGUGCCGAAGAGCGUGAGCACCGACGACGCGUCUGGUGGUCUAUAUAUAGCAUGGAUAGGCUGCUUUCUCUUACCUCGGGUCGCCCGUUCUCCAUUCAGGAUGCCGACAUCAACCUAGUGCUUCCUAGUCGAAAUGGUGACGAGGAUCCACGGAUCUCGUCUAUUUUGGCGUGCUAUGCGCAACUCUCUAGGAUCCAAGGAACAAUCGGCGAAGAGAUUUAUCGAAAGAAGCAAACGUCGGGUAGCAAUUUGUUCACAUCCGUCCAUAGAAUCAUGAAGAGCCUCUCCGACUGGUUCGGUAACUUACCUGAAGACCUGCGGAUCAACACAGCAAGCCCGCCCACUGGACUGAGUCGAGGGAUCAUCUCAACACAGCUUCACUAUUAUCACUGCAUCAACAUGACCGUCCGCCCGCUCCUGCUAUAUGCGGUCCAAAGACAAAUGGCGGCGAAUAAUGGGCCUUCCAGCCAUUCAAUAUGGGAAGAUGGCAUUCAAUCCAAUAUCAUGGGAGUUAUCGACACGUCUAUCGCAGCCGCACGGUCGAGCAUGGCGCUGUGGAAAAUGGCCGCAGAGUACAACCUCGUCGCAACGUAUGGCUUCAUCGAUGGAGAACAGGCAUUUUCUAACGCCUUGCUGCUAGUGAUGGUCAACAUUGCAUUCCCGUACAAGGACCAAGAUGCAUCGGCCAUGAACGCCGCCUUGGCGGUCCUACAAGGCAUGGCGGAGAAAGGGAACAGAUAUAUGCAAGCUUGUCAUUCGCUGCUAGUCAGGAUAUCGAGCAACAUAAGCGCAAUUGUUCCGGCAAACAGGCAAAAUAUGGAAGCCAGCAGUCCGCGAAAUGGAACUGAGACGGUACUUGCAAUCCAAAACAACGACAUUGCACAGUCUAUGGGGCCUGAGACAGGCCUAAAUCAAGCUGCAGAUGAUUCGCUCGGCCUGAACUCCUGUGACGACCCAGGGCUUUGGGCUGAGGUUCUGGACUCAAUUGGGAUUGAUAUGGAUAGACAGUGGAUUGAGUCAGCCUUGCUGCGAGAAUAA